GCUCGAGAAACGCGAAGGUGGUUGUUCCGCUCGACUCGAUUGCGCUUCAAUUUCAAUUUCAGUCGCAGUCUUUGUUCGGUGCCGUUAACACGUGUGCUGAGAAGAGUUUUAAGUCAAUUUAAAACGCUGUGGUUAAGAAUUUUGCAAACCCUAAACGGUGGUUAUACAACAAAUUUUUCUUACCGCUUCACAUAUAAAUGAGCUAGAGAGGAAAAGUGUGGCGAAGAUCUCAAAGUAUCAUUGAAAAGGGGAAAAAACGUAAAACCAGCGUAAACUAUGCCAGCUGAUGCAUUUUCAAGAAUGGAUUCGUCUGGAUCCGCCGCGGGGUCUACGGAGGCGAAGGACAUUCCUGCUAACAUCGAAGCGGCUAUCUUGAGAGCGAGAACGGAGAGCGAAAGUUCCGAUAAAUCUGGACCAACGCGGUUCGUUCUGCCCGGUACAUCGGGCAGUCCGCCGAAAAUCCUUACCCUGGAGGAGGUUCAAGACGCCGUUAAGAACAUCGAAAAUAUGACCCUAGCGCACGAGAUCGCCAUUAAUAGUGAGUUCAAAUUGCAACCCUAUGAACCACCGGAGAACUCACUGGAACGCAUCAUCAAGGACACCAUGCACAAGGCAUACUGGGAUAUUCUGAAGGAACAGCUGGGCAGAGAACCGCCGUGCUACGAUAUGGCUAUUCAACUGUUGUCCGACAUCAAAGACGCCUUUCAGAGUAUUCUAAGCAAAAACAACGAUCGUGCCCUAGCCAGGAUCAACGAAAUCCUCGACGAAACUGUAAUAAGACAGCAAGCCGAACAGGGAGUGCUGGACUUUCAGGCUUAUGCUAAAUUUGUCAUUCAUAUUAUGGCGUUGUCGUGUGCGCCGGUACGAGACGAACAAAUUGCUAAGCUUAGAGAAAUUCAGGACGUAGUUGAGCUAUUCCGUGGAAUCUUGGAAGUUUUAUCCGUUAUGAAGUUGGAUAUGGCUAACUGCUUCCUCGAUGCUGCUCGGAAUGAGGUCAUUGCUAAUUCGGUCGAGUACGAAAAGCAAAAGUUCAAACAAUUUCUGGAACUGUAUAAGGACGGCUUUCCCGAAACCCAGAAGUGGCUCAAACGAAACAAAGUACCCGAAAACACUGCCGAAGCCACAGCUGCUCCAUCGACAGCUGCUUCAAACACUACCUCGAGCGAGGCUCAACAGCGCAGCUCAAAGGAUGCAAUAUUUAAUGCGUAUCUGGAAUUGAUCGACUGGAACACGGAGAAUGAAUUUCCAGAGAUGCUAGAAAUGGAUCGUGAUCGAGUAAUCGGUUUGCAAGGUCGGGCUUCUCGCUUGUGCACCUGCGCUUCAACGCUUGCCAUCACCUGUGCUGCCAUACCAUCGAUCGCACAAUCGCCUGAACUAAGGAAGAACCUCGCUAAGGAGCUGGUCAUUCUCGUACAGAACUGCAACAACACCAAGGACCUGGACGAUACGAUUGAAAGUAUUUGGCUACAUGUCCGUUCUGUGAUCGCUGGUCGAUUACAAGAGUUGAAUCAGCCGUCGUUGGAUGAAACAACGGAAAAUAGCCUCAAAACGCAGAUUCUGCAGAUUGCCAAGAAAGAAUCGCCCGUGCGAAACCUGCUAUGGAAGCGACUUUUAACUUUCAUUCUGCUUGUGCUAAGGACCAACAAUCCUAUCCCGGUGCCGCCCGGCUUCCAAGAGUUUGCCGAUGACGUGGAAGGUUUGGCUAAAGCAUUCAAACGCAUUUCGUACUAUAACUAUGCAGUUUAUGGAGAGUAUUAUCAUGAAAUCUUGAACAAAGCUUAGAGUAGGUAGUCGAGGGCCCGACUUCAGGUCAAUCUCUUCCACGGAACAUUUAUAUCAAUGGUCGUAGUUUAUCUUUCCUACUGAUUCCUUUGUAGUAGUAUAUUUUUAUGCAAAUAAAAAGUAUAUGGAAAUUAGUAUUUAGUAUCCUGAACCAAGCGGUAGCAAUGGCAAAUUGAAAUGUGAUAGUUUAACAGUGUACUGGACGUAAGGAAAAUUCUGGCGAAUAAUAGCAUUUGGCGGUUGGUCGAACAGUUGAAGGAACUAGUCAGCAACUCAUUGAUUGUGGUUCUCUAGUAUUCUCGUCUAUAUACAAAUAUACCCCAAGACUCAUUAUAACUUAUGUAUAGGGCCUUGCGUAUACCCAUUUUUUUACUUACAUCACAUACGUUUUAUAGGAAAUGUCAUGCAGAAUAUUCAAAUACAUUUCUGCCGUGAUACGCAUAACAGUCCCACCUGCAUAGGAAACCCAUAGCAAAUGGGACUGUUAUGCGGAUCACGGCAGAUUAGUGCAUUAACACUAAUAACAACAAUGCGAUAACCGCCUUCAUUCAUUAUCCUUACCCUUUCAAAAUGUACUGUUGAAAAAUACUUAACCACCUGAUUGUACAUAAAAUAUAUACAUAUGUAUGAAUAAACUUCUACAACAGACUUA